CCUCCCUCCUCCGUGUCCCGCACGCACAGGCAAUGACGGGCGUACUUUUUUUGAUGGAAGGAAAAGCUCGUCGCGUAACUGGUAACUUUAUCACCGAUUAAACGUGAUUUGUGGAUUUAAAAAAAAACAAGAGGCGAGGACUUAUGGAAAAAUGCUGAGUGGUCGCCCACUGUGCUUUUGUCUUCCCUGAGGCGCUGCAGACUCGAACAUGGAACGGGAGGGCUCGUUUCGGAGGAAUCUCCACAACCGGUUGAAGCUGGCCAGCGGCUCGUCCUCCAGCUUGACGGACCUCUCGCAGGCCAAGACGCCGUCAGGAGGAGGCGUGGAGAAGGUGGCGCUGGUGGACGACGGUACCAGGGACAAGGGGACCCAGCAGAGGAGAGCGGGAGCCAACGCCACUUGGAACAGCAUCCACAACGCAGUCAUCUCGGUGUUCCAGAAGAAGGAUUUAGGAGAAAAUGAGCUUUUCACUCUGAACGAAGGUGUCAGGCAGCUGCUGAAGACCGAGCUGGGCUCCUUCUUCACAGAGUACCUCCAAAAUCAGUUGCUCACCAAAGGCAUGGUGAUACUGCGCGACAAGAUUCGCUUUUAUGAAGGCCAGAAGCUGUUGGACUCCCUGGCUGACACCUGGGACUUUUUCUUCUGCGAUGUUCUGUCCAUGCUGCAGGCCAUCUUCUGUCCAGUGCAGGGAAAGGAGCCGUCGGUGCGUCAGAUGGCGUUGCUGCACUUCCGGAAUAUCAUCGCCCUCAACCUGAAGCUGGAGGAAGCUCUGUCGCGGCCCCGGGCUCGGGUGCCGCCCUCCAUCAUACAGAUGCUGCUCAUUCUUCAGGGUGUCCACGAGUCCAAAGGUGUCACAAAUGACUACUUGCGUCUGGAGGGUCUCAUCCAAAAGGUGGUCUCUCCUUACCUGGGGACCCAAGGGUUAUAUUCCCGAGACGGUUCCUCAAGUCAGCGCUGUUCCUCAUGUGUGUUAGCAGAGGAUCGUCCGCAGCGCUCCUGGCCGUCCAACCCCCCCGCAGUCAAGAACCCAGUGGUACGUUCCAAGAGCUACAACGUUCCCAUAUUGACCCCCGUGGUGGAGUACGAGACGGAUUCGUCCGCGGGAGGCGGCGUCGGGAUCCGGCGCCACUCCGUGUCGGAGAUGACGUCCUGCGUGGAGGACAGCGCCGCAGUGGGAGAGUCCAGCGCUGAGCACUCGGGUACCUCAAGCCAGAACCCCAAGAUCCCGAGAUCUCUGGUGUCCGACACCCCUAGGAUUCUGGCCCGAGACAUCAGCUCCAAUCCCAGCCCGUCGUCCAGUCCGGAGAUGAGCGUGGAUCACGGCUCCGCCCCCGACGGCAUUUUUCUGGACUUCUCACAAGCUCAAUCUGGAGGUGCAACAUGCAGCUGCAGCAGACAGAACGUGGCCCGACAGGUGACUUGAGGACAUCUUUUAUUUUAUUUUUAAAAAGAUGAUUUAGAAGGAAGAUUGAAGUUGUGGUUGACAUUAUCGUUACGGAACUAUUUUCGGAAUCAUGGCUCAACCUCACUGGCAGUCAUGCUAAUUUAAGCCAACCUGAAUGAAGCCAAUCAAUUUGCAUUUUGGAUUACUUGCUGAUUGAUUGGCAUAAAGUGGAGGUCAAGCCCCGGCUCCUUUUGUCUAAUUAAAGUCAUCAGUAUUGAUUA